GACCAAAGGAUGGAGCUGAGAUGAAAGAGGAGAGCCAUAGUGCUGGGAGAUGUGAUCCAUCCCCAAGUGGUCUGCAUACCUUAGCCGGAGGAAUCUAAUUCGGCUGCGAACUUGUGGCUACAAGCUCAUGGGCCGAUUGCAUCACAUGCAGGAGGUCUUGCUGACGAAAGAAGAAGCGGGCUGUAGGUAGGGGAGUCGAAGCCCAACCAGGAAACAGGAAACGGAGGAUGUCAUGACAGCGGUGGGGGAAAUCUACACACAAUGGCACCAUGCCUGCGUCUGGUGAGGCCGAGGGUCAGCUGAAGGCCCUGGAUAUGACCCUGCCGCCGCGCCCGUGGUUGCUGCUGCCGCCGCUGCUGUUGCUGCUCCUGACGGCCGCCCCGCUAGGGAGGGUGUACGGCGAUGAGUUGACGACUCAGGACACCCUGGUAGGAUAUGGCGUAGAUCACUCAGGUACCAGUGAAGCAGUCACCGAGGCUGUAACAAUAAGCACAUGGAGUUCAGGAACUGUGGACCCUGAGGAUUCCAGCCAGGAUGUCACUCAAGCCAGAGGUGACGCUCAUGAAACCCUGCUCGGUCCCACCGAGUCUCCGACCGAGCACCCAGAGGACGACCAGGCUGACAGCCUGGUUGUGAUGGUCGCCAUUCCGCUCGUGCUCCUGGUGCUCAUAGCCUUAGUUGUCACUGGGUUUUUCAUCUGCCGAAGGAGAAAAGCCAGCAGUUUCCGUGAUGGAAGAGAAGACCAAUUUUUGGCUGGAAGUAAUGAAGAAAAAGUACCGAUGCCCAUGUUCGAGGACGACGUCCCCUCCGUGCUGGAGCUGGAAAUGGAAGACCUGGAGAAAUGGAUCGUCAAAGACUGUGAGUUGUCCAGGCUAAAGAGCAUGUUUCUGGUGUUUCUCUCUGCUGGGGAGAUCAGUAGGUAUCUGUGGUUUCCUCAUGGAGUGCAGUGCCCAAUCUGAGUGUAACCCUCACUGUGCAGAGUACCACCUCCCUGCCAGUGAUCAGCUUUGCUUCACAACAUGAGAACUGCUUCUCUUGUUUUACCACAAUUGAAAGGGGCACAUUUACACUACUUCAGUCCCCUGCUGUACAGUUUUUCGCCGGAAGAGGUCGCCACAAAACAACAGUUCAGGUCAAUGCCAACCUGCACCAACCUAAAAGCAUGUUUCUGAAAUAUUCAUGAAGCUGCAAGAGUAACAUCCAAUACUGUGCAAAAGUUUUAGGCACUUGGUUGGGGGAAAAAGCUGU